AUGCGAGUCAACUUCAACCGCGUUGCGGCAGUGGCCACUGCGCUCGCCGUUUGGGCCAGCGCAGCCACGGGUGCGGUCGCCACGCACACCUAUUCGAAAUGGAUGGCAUCAAGCAUCAUGUCCCGACACCAGGGUAUCAUGACUGGAGCUGGGAGCUCGUCUGAAGCGCUGCAGUCUGGAUUCACACAGAAGGCAUUCACAGCCCUCGUCGCGCAGUACCCGAACGCCACCGAUGUGCAACAGUACAUCGAGACCAGCGUUGCAGCAGCGGCACCCUUCCUGUCCAACGCGACUUAUGAUGCCAUGGCAUACCCCAUGGACCGGCUCUCCAACGGCAACGCGCUCCUGACUCUUCCUUCGGCGAACAGUACCGCAUCUAACCGCGCCGCUGCGAAGGCCCUGCACCAAAGCAUCAUGCUGAAUCACCGAAACAUUGAUGGAGGAUUGUGGUACUUUACCUACCCCCAAUGGAGCUACCUCGAUGGCAUGUACUCACUGGCACCGUUCUGGACUCUCUACUCGACGAACGCAGUGUCCCGCAGCAGCAACAGCACCGCGGAACUAGACGACAUGCUCUUUCAACUCGAUUUAAUCUGGCAGCACACCUACAAUUCUUCGACCGGAUUGCUUGUCCAUGGAUACGACGCCUCACUCACCGCUGUCUGGGCCAACCCGAUCACCGGUGCAAGCCCUCACGUCUGGGGUCGAAGUCUCGGAUGGUAUGCCAUGGCGCUCGUGGAUACGCUGGAACUACUGCCGUCGUCGCCCUGCAAAUACAAGCAGGACGUGCUUAACAAGUUCCAGACCCUCAUGCCCGCCAUCAUCGACGCCGUGGACCAGCAGACCGGAGGAUGGUGGCAGAUCUUGGACGAGCCAGGCAAGGAAGGAAACUACAUCGAGUCGAGCGGCAGUGCCAUGUUCGCCUACGCAUUGCUGAAAGGAGUGCGACUGGGAUAUCUCGCAGGUGGACUGGCGUCCAAUGCUUCCGAGGUAGCGACGCGGGCGCAAGGGUACCUGACCGACACGUUCGUGGUCAAGGAGACGAAUGGAACAUUGAGUUACAACGGGACGGUUUCAGUAUGCAGCCUCAAUUCGACUGCAUCCUAUGAGUACUACGUCGGUCAACCCAUCCAGUACAACAGUGUGUUGGGAUCUGCCGCCUACGUUCUGGCGUCGCUUGAAGUCGAGAAACUGAGUGCCUGA